UUACCGGGAACAGUGUCUGGCCUCGGGUCCCGUGACCCUCGGCGGAGCUGGCGGGAGGGGGCGGAGGUGGGAAGAGGGCGUGAGGAGGGAAGGAGAGGGAGGAGAGAGAAGGGCGGAGUAGGAGGCAGGGGAAGGGGGCGGGGCGGAAGAGUCACGUGAUCAGGCAUGGAGGCGGUGGCGGCGGCGACCGGGAGGAGCCGCCGGGGCAGAAGCCGCACUUGUUAGUGUGGGGGGAGGUGGGGGCGGGGGACGCCGACACCGUCACCGUCACCCAGGGACGCCGAGGAGAAGGCGGGAGGGGGGUGGGGGCGAGAUCAGGCUCCGACCCCCCGCCGAGGGGAUGAGGGGAGCAUGGGUGCCAAGGAGUCACGGAUCGGAUUCCUCAGCUACGAGGAGGCGCUGAGGAGAGUUACAGAUGUAGAGCUAAAACGACUGAAGGAUGCCUUCAAGAGGACCUGUGGACUCUCAUAUUACAUGGGCCAGCACUGCUUCAUCCGGGAAGUGCUUGGGGAUGGAGUGCCUCCAAAAGUUGCUGAGGUGAUUUACUGUUCUUUUGGUGGAACAUCCAAAGGGCUGCACUUCAAUAAUUUAAUAGUUGGACUUGUCCUCCUUACAAGAGGCAAAGAUGAAGAGAAAGCAAAAUACAUUUUUAGUCUUUUUUCAAGUGAAUCUGGGAACUAUGUUAUACGGGAAGAAAUGGAAAGAAUGCUCCAUGUGGUGGAUGGUAAAGUCCCAGAUACACUCAGGAAGUGUUUCUCAGAGGGUGAAAAGGUAAACUAUGAAAAGUUUAGAAAUUGGCUUUUUCUAAACAAAGAUGCUUUUACUUUCUCUCGAUGGCUUCUAUCUGGAGGUGUGUAUGUUACCCUCACUGACGAUAGUGAUACUCCUACUUUCUACCAAACUCUGGCUGGAGUCACACAUUUGGAGGAAUCAGACAUCAUUGAUCUUGAGAAACGCUAUUGGUUAUUAAAGGCUCAAUCCCGGACUGGACGAUUUGAUUUAGAGACAUUUGGCCCAUUGGUUUCACCACCUAUUCGUCCAUCUCUAAGUGAAGGUUUGUUUAAUGCUUUUGAUGAAAAUCGUGACAAUCACAUAGAUUUUAAGGAGAUAUCCUGUGGGUUAUCAGCCUGUUGCAGGGGACCCCUGGCUGAAAGACAAAAAUUUUGCUUCAAGGUAUUUGAUGUUGACCGUGAUGGAGUUCUCUCCAGGGUUGAACUGAGAGACAUGGUGGUUGCACUUUUAGAAGUCUGGAAGGACAACCGCACUGAUGAUAUUCCUGAAUUACAUAUGGAUCUCUCUGAUAUUGUAGAAGGCAUACUGAAUGCACAUGACACCACAAAGAUGGGUCAUCUUACUCUGGAAGACUAUCAGAUCUGGAGUGUGAAAAAUGUUCUUGCCAAUGAGUUUUUGAAUCUCCUUUUCCAGGUGUGUCACAUAGUUCUGGGCUUAAGACCAGCUACUCCGGAAGAAGAAGGACAAAUUAUUAGAGGAUGGUUAGAACGAGAGAGCAGGUAUGGUCUGCAACCAGGACACAACUGGUUUAUCAUCUCCAUGCAGUGGUGGCAACAGUGGAAAGAAUAUGUCAAAUACGAUGCCAACCCUGUGGUAAUUGAGCCAUCAUCUGUUUUGAAUGGAGGAAAAUACUCAUUUGGAACUGCAGCCCAUCCUAUGGAGCAGGUCGAAGAUAGAAUUGGAAGCAGCCUCAGUUAUGUGAAUACUACAGAAGAGAAAUUUUCAGACAACAUUUCUACUGCAUCUGAAGCCUCAGAAACUGCUGGCAGCGGCUUUCUGUAUUCUGCCACACCAGGGGCAGAUGUUUGCUUUGCUCGACAACAUAACACUUCUGACAAUAACAACCAGUGUUUGCUGGGAGCCAAUGGGAAUAUUUUGUUGCACCUUAACCCUCAGAAACCAGGGGCUAUUGAUAAUCAGCCAUUAGUAACUCAAGAACCAGUAAAGGCUACAUCAUUAACACUAGAAGGAGGACGAUUAAAACGAACUCCACAGCUGAUUCAUGGAAGAGAUUAUGAAAUGGUCCCAGAACCUGUGUGGAGAGCACUUUAUCACUGGUAUGGAGCAAACCUGGCCUUACCUAGACCAGUUAUCAAGAACAGCAAGACAGACAUCCCAGAGCUGGAAUUAUUUCCCCGCUAUCUUCUCUUCCUGAGACAGCAGCCUGCCACUCGGACACAGCAGUCUAACAUCUGGGUGAAUAUGGGAAAUGUACCUUCUCCGAAUGCACCUUUAAAGCGGGUAUUAGCCUAUACAGGCUGUUUUAGUCGAAUGCAGACCAUCAAGGAAAUUCACGAAUAUCUAUCUCAAAGGCUGCGCAUUAAAGAGGAAGAUAUGCGCCUGUGGCUAUACAACAGUGAGAACUACCUUACUCUUCUGGAUGAUGAGGAUCAUAAAUUGGAAUAUUUGAAAAUCCAGGAUGAACAACACCUGGUAAUUGAAGUUCGCAACAAAGAUAUGAGUUGGCCUGAGGAGAUGUCUUUUAUAGCAAAUAGUAGUAAAAUAGAUAGACACAAGGUUCCCACAGAAAAGGGAGCCACAGGUCUAAGCAACCUGGGAAACACAUGCUUCAUGAACUCAAGCAUCCAGUGUGUUAGUAACACACAGCCACUGACACAGUAUUUUAUCUCAGGGAGACAUCUUUAUGAACUCAACAGGACAAAUCCCAUUGGUAUGAAGGGGCAUAUGGCUAAAUGCUAUGGUGAUUUAGUGCAGGAACUUUGGAGUGGAACUCAGAAGAAUGUUGCCCCAUUAAAGCUUCGGUGGACCAUAGCAAAAUAUGCUCCCAGGUUUAAUGGGUUUCAGCAACAGGACUCCCAAGAACUUCUGGCUUUUCUUUUGGAUGGUCUUCAUGAAGAUCUUAAUCGAGUCCAUGAAAAGCCAUAUGUGGAACUGAAGGACAGUGAUGGGCGACCAGACUGGGAAGUAGCUGCAGAGGCCUGGGACAACCAUCUAAGAAGAAAUAGAUCAAUUGUUGUGGAUUUGUUCCAUGGGCAGCUAAGAUCUCAAGUAAAAUGCAAGACAUGUGGGCAUAUAAGUGUCCGAUUUGACCCUUUCAAUUUUUUGUCUUUGCCACUACCGAUGGACAGUUAUAUGCACUUAGAAAUAACAGUGAUUAAGUUAGAUGGUACUACCCCUGUACGGUAUGGACUAAGACUGAAUAUGGAUGAAAAGUACACAGGUUUAAAAAAACAGCUGAGUGAUCUCUGUGGACUUAAUGCAGAACAAAUCCUUCUAGCAGAAGUACAUGGUUCCAACAUAAAGAACUUUCCUCAGGACAACCAAAAAGUACGACUCUCAGUGAGUGGAUUUUUGUGUGCAUUUGAAAUUCCUGUCCCUGCGUCUCCAAUUUCAGCUUCUAGUUCAACACAGACAGAUUUCUCCUCUUCGCCAUCUACAAAUGGAAUGUUCACCCUAACUACCAAUGGGGACCUACCCCGACCAAUAUUCAUCCCCAAUGGAAUGCCAAACACUGUUGUGCCAUGUGGAAAUGAGAAGAACUUCACAAAUGGAAUGGUUAAUGGUCACAUGCCAUCUCUUCCUGACAGCCCCUUUACAGGUUACAUCAUUGCAGUCCACCGAAAAAUGAUGAGGACAGAACUGUAUUUCCUGUCAUCUCAGAAGAAUCGCCCCAGCCUCUUUGGAAUGCCAUUGAUUGUUCCAUGUACUGUGCAUACCCGGAAGAAAGACCUAUAUGAUGCGGUUUGGAUUCAAGUAUCCCGGUUAGCGAGCCCACUCCCACCUCAGGAAGCUAGUAAUCAUGCCCAGGAUUGUGACGACAGUAUGGGCUAUCAAUAUCCAUUCACUCUACGAGUUGUGCAGAAAGAUGGGAACUCCUGUGCUUGGUGCCCAUGGUAUAGAUUUUGCAGAGGCUGUAAAAUUGAUUGUGGAGAAGACAGAGCUUUCAUUGGAAAUGCCUAUAUCGCUGUGGAUUGGGACCCCACAGCCCUUCACCUUCGCUACCAAACAUCCCAGGAAAGGGUUGUAGAUGAGCAUGAGAGUGUGGAGCAGAGUCGGCGAGCGCAAGCCGAGCCCAUCAACCUGGACAGCUGUCUCCGUGCUUUCACCAGUGAGGAAGAGCUAGGGGAAAAUGAGAUGUACUACUGUUCCAAGUGUAAGACCCACUGCUUAGCAACAAAGAAGCUGGAUCUCUGGAGGCUUCCACCCAUCCUGAUUAUUCACCUUAAGCGAUUUCAAUUCGUAAAUGGUCGGUGGAUAAAAUCACAGAAAAUUGUCAAAUUUCCUCGGGAAAGUUUUGAUCCAAGUGCUUUUUUGGUACCAAGAGACCCGGCUCUCUGCCAGCGUAAACCACUCACACCCCAGGGGGAUGAGCUCUCCGAGCCCAGGAUUCUGGCAAGGGAGGUGAAGAAAGUGGAUGCGCAGAGUUCGGCUGGGGAAGAGGAUGUGCUCCUGAGCAAAAGCCCAUCCUCACUCAGCGCUAACAUCAGCAGCAGCCCUAAAGGUUCUCCUUCUUCAUCAAGAAAAAGUGGAACCAGCUGUCCCUCCAGCAAAAACAGCAGCCCUAAUAGCAGCCCACGGACUUUGGGGAGGAGCAAAGGGAGGCUCCGGCUGCCCCAGAUUGGCAGCAAAAAUAAACUGUCAAGUAGUAAAGAGAACUUGGAUGCCAGCAGAGAAAAUGGGGCUGGGCAGAUAUGUGAGCUGGCUGACGCCUUGAGUCGAGGGCAUGUGCUGGGGGGCAGCCAACCAGAGUUGGUCACUCCUCAGGACCACGAGGUAGCUUUGGCCAAUGGAUUCCUUUAUGAGCAUGAAGCAUGUGGCAAUGGCUACAGCAAUGGUCAGCUUGGAAACCACAGUGAAGAAGACAGCACUGAUGACCAAAGAGAAGACACUCGUAUUAAGCCUAUUUAUAAUCUAUAUGCAAUUUCAUGCCAUUCAGGAAUUCUGGGUGGGGGCCAUUACGUCACUUAUGCCAAAAACCCAAACUGCAAGUGGUACUGUUACAAUGACAGCAGCUGUAAGGAACUUCACCCGGAUGAAAUUGACACCGACUCUGCCUACAUUCUUUUCUAUGAGCAGCAGGGGAUAGACUAUGCACAAUUUCUGCCAAAGACUGAUGGCAAAAAGAUGGCAGACACAAGCAGUAUGGAUGAAGACUUUGAGUCUGAUUACAAAAAGUACUGUGUGUUACAGUAAAGCUACCACUCUGGCUGCUAGACAGCUUGGCGGUGAGGGAGCUGACUCCUUGUAGCUGACAUUUGGCAAAAGCGUCACUGAAAGGGAAGCUAAAUGUAGUUAUUUUAUCCUGUGGCCCUGAAGCACAAAAUAAAAAUUCUAAUUAAAAUAGUUAACUUUAAGAGUAGUAAUCAUUUUAUUUUGAAGUCUCAUACAAGCUCUCCGAUAGAGAACUUUCAGGCAGAUCCCACCAUUAGCCUGUAAACAAAAGGUUUGGCACCAGCCACCUGGGACCAAAUAAGAAUUCAAUUGUGCUUGUCCAGAUAUGAACAAAUAUGUAGUGAGUAUAGAGUUUACCAAUAAUCAUAACAAAUAUUAAAGAUUUCCUUGGAGUCAAAGUAAAAAACAAACAAUUAUAAUGUUGUCUAGGGACGACAUGAUAUGCUACCUCCUUUUUCCUGAAGUUUUAUUCCAUUAUAUUGACAAGAUGGAGAAAGCAAGAUCACAAAGGUGUGCAAAUGAUUCUUAAGGCAUGGACGAGGAUUUUUCAAUUUAUUUUUUAAACUGUUUCCAUACCCUUUCUUUGUCUUUCUUGCUUUUUGUUUUUGCCGUUGUAUUUAUGUUUGAGACACAACCAGUCAUUGGUGGCAGGGGCAUAUAGUGGUCAGUCUGAAAGGGAGGCUCUCUUAAGAGCUGUGUGCCUUCCACCCAGAGCCUUGUGGGAGACCCAGUAGAAAGAAACAACAUCCUGGAAAAUCCAGCUACCAUGGCCCUCCCAGUGGAGGCAUCUUACAUUUAGGAUACUUCCAGUAUCCUCAGAAAUGUAUUCUGCACCCCCAGCCCCACCCAUGCUGAGGGAAGGGGAGCAGUUGCCAAUAUUUGCACCAUCUUCACAUGCACCUGUUGCAACAAGAGCUUCUGGGAAGGUAAGUGGCAUUGGAGCUAGAUCACGUUUCACAAUUAGUGGUUGUUCUUUUCCGUGUUUGUCUUGCACUUUAAAAAAGAGAGAACACAUGCAAAUGAACUUGCUUGUGUGUAUUUGAUGGCUCUAAGGGCUAUAAAUUACAAACAAAACACAUCCCAGACAUUAGGAGUUCAUAAGUGUAUUUAAUGAAAUUGGUGGUUUUAGGAAGUCAACUUUAGUUUUGCUUUGUUUGCAUGUCCACUAAUUUUUUUAUUUUGAUAUUUGUCUUUUUUUUAAAUGUUACAGUGGCCAUCGAAAAUUAUGUUUCUUUGCUUCAUUUUUUCUCUAAUCAAGACUGGAACAAAAGUAUAAAUAUUAUUUAUUUCAGGUAGCAUUUUUUUCGUGUAGUUUUUUAAUAUAUACUUGAAGGAAAUGUUUCACCUUAUUUUUGGUCUUUGUUUAUUCAUUUAGACCCUGCAAGUUGAUUCUCAUUAAUUGUCAGAUUCCUCUUCCUCAUAGAUAGUAAUUACAAAUGUAACUAAGUAUUUGUGUUCUGAUAUCUGAGGCCAGUAACUAUUAAUAUCUAGUUCUCAGAGCAUUUGGAAAUGUUAUCUUAAAUGGCUACCUAAAUUGAAAUCCUUUUCAGAAAAAAUAUAAUUGCAAGUAGGUAGGACUGGCCUAAAUUUUCUAAUGUAAUAAAGUCAGACAAAAUGCAUACUUUAUAGUUUCAAGAUUUUCAGUAUAUAAAAUCUGUCCAUUCCCAUUAAAAAGUGGAAGAUUUUAAAUAAUUUCUUUACAGAUGUUUUAUUUAAGCAGGUAGCACAAUCUACUAAUGUUGUUUGAUCUGUGUUUGUUAUACUGGUUGUAAUUAAUUUUUUUAAUUCAUGAACUAGCAGAAAAUUUAUUAAAUUAACUAUUAACUACAUUCACCUUGUAAAUUACUGUAUAAAACUUGUUGACAAUGCACUGACUUUAGAAAGAUGUUAAUGUACAUAAAUAGAGUGUAAAUAAAAUAGUGUUGAUGUACCGAAAUAUGAACUGUAUAAAAAGUAUUGGUAAUUGUAUAUGGGGUGUACCUGUUUAUCUGUAACUAUUAUCCAAACAAAUUAAAUACUGUGGAUGCCUCUA